AUGGGUGCUCCUGAUGCGAUGCGCGGUCGAGACGACGAGGGCCGGACGGCCCAGUAUGUCGCCGACACCUCGACUUUCGAGGAGCCCAAGCAGGCCCAGUCCGAGGCUGCAAGGGAGGAUGGACAGGAGGUACCACCUGCUUAUGAGGCAGGGCCGCACCCAGAGUCUAAUUCUUCCUUUGGGGUCGGCGGCGUACUCGAUGAUGAGAAGGAGGUCGAACGCAACCCGGACCGGGUCACCGAGUCGGCAGCAUUAGGUCAACAGAAGGCGGAAGCAGCAGCCCUGGUCUGGAGCCGCCCGGUGGUAUUUGCAAUCUAUGCCUGGAUCUGGGUCGGUUUCUUCAUGCUGGCCUUCCACUCCGCAAUCAACUCAAGUCUGCUCAACUGGGUCUAUGGUAGCUUCAAGGCAGCGCCGCAGGUAUCCACCUCCUACAUCCUGGCCAGCAUCAUCGGCGGCGUCCUUAAGUUGCCUUUAGCGAAGACCUUGCAGCUGUGGGGUCGUGCGGAGGCUCUGCUGUUCUCCACUGCCAUCUACAUUCUAGGCAUGAUUAUUCUCGCAGCGUGUGAUGGCCCCAAUGCCUUUGCGGCCGGCUAUGUUCUCUACUGGAUUGGAUACUACUGCGUCUAUCUGAUUCUCGAUAUCUUCGUGGCGGAUACAACUGGCCUGCGUUCCCGAGCAUUUGCCUUUGCCUUUGCCUCAACACCAUUCAUCUGCACUGCCUUCACCGGCUCGCUGGCGGCGCAAUCAAUCUACAAUACAUCUGGCUGGCGGUGGGGUUAUGGAAUGUUCUGUAUCAUUCAGCCGGUGGUCCUCUGCCCGCUCGCAAUGGUAUUUAAGUUCUACGAGCGAAAGGCAAUCAAAAUGGGCGUAUGGCAGCCCCGCAAUAGUGACCGGACCAAGAUGCAGUCAAUUGUCCACUAUUUCCAUGAGUUCGAUGUGAUCGGCGCCUUCUUGUUGAUGAUCGCAUGGGUUCUCUUCUUACUGCCGUUUAGCUUGGCUCAGUAUGGCCGGUCUCAGUAUCAUUCGGCCAGCUUUAUCGCAAUGGUUAUUGUGGGCUUCUGUAUGCUUUUCGUUUUCGCUGCGUGGGAGAAGUGGUUUGCACGUCACCAUUUCAUUCGCUACGAGUUGCUCAAGAAGCCUACGAUCCUCGGCGCUUGUAUCUGCGCGGCGGUCGCCUAUUUCAGCUUCUACCUCUGGGAUCAGUACUUCUAUAACUUUGUCCUGAUUACCUACAAUCUGAACAUUAGCAUGGCGGGAUACAUGACCCAGAUCUACAAUGUGGGCUCGUGCUUCUGGUCUCCAAUUCUUGGUCUAAUCAUCUGGUGGACUCGCCGCUUCAAGUACAUUGUCCUAUGCUUUGGAGUACCCCUUAUGCUGCUGGGAUCGGGACUGAUGAUUUACUUCCGUGGUGCAGACCAUGGCAUCGGCUACAUUGUCAUGUGUCAGAUCUUCAUCGCUUUCGCUGGAGGUACCAUCGUCAUUGGGGAGGAUAUGGCCGUGAUGGCCGCUGGUGGCAGAGAGGGUACACCUAUGAUGUUGGCUCUCAUCGGUCUGUUUUCGAGCAUUGGUGGAGCCAUCGGGUAUGCAGUCUCUGCCGCAAUCUACAACAACGUCUUUGUGGAAGCCCUGGCUAGUCAGCUUCCCGAUAACCUUAAAUCGAAUGCCACUCAGAUUUACCUGGACGGGAUCAAUGUGCAGAACACCUACCCGGUAGGUUCAGUUCUACGCAAUGCUUGCAUCCACGCCUGGAGUUAUGCUCAACGCAUGAACUGCAUUGCGUCGACCUGUAUCCUCAUCCUAUUGAUCCCAGCAGUCGCUGUAUGGAAGAAUUAUGACGUCGGCAAGAAGCAGAACAAGGGCACUAUGCUUUUCGACUGA